UAUUUUGUUUACGUUAAAAGUUCUAUUUUAUUAAAGUUAUAAUUUAUAUAAUAACCAAUUUUGUUUUUUUGUUUUGUUAGCUUCGCUUGGGGUAGCUAUCUCUGGGAUUUUACUUAUGUUGACCUUGAUGAUACAUGGAACAAAAUACAUAAUUAUUUAUCACUUUCUGAGCGUCGUCAAACUUUAAAGUACUCCGUCUCAGGAUUUACGACUCCAAUAAGGAUAUGGAUAUAUGAGAUGAUUCCGGCUGUUCGUGCAUGUGGAUUUGUAUUGAGAAAAAAAUAAAGACUUGCCUCGGAUGAAACGAUGGAGUGGAACAAAAAAAUUGAAAUGGGUUGACGUGAACAAGAUUUGGUCAAAGAUACAGGAGGGGCAACCACCAAGACAAAACAUGUUACCGGGUGAUGGUUGUGCAAGAUGAAGUGAUGAAUAAAAACAAUACAACUGAAAAUGUUUUUGGUGAUAUUCAAGAUGACAAGGUGUUGGAGGAGAGGAAUGACUAUGCGGGGAACAAAUUUGAUGAUGAUGUGUUUGAUGUAAAUGAUUAUAGUGAAGUUAAAGAGGAGUGGGAGGAGAGGAAUAACAAUGCGGGGAGCAAAUUUGAUGAUGAUGUGCCGGACGAAGACGAACUAAUAAUAACGGGAAUUGUAGAUUAUUUUGAUGAGUAUGAUGGUAAAGAAGUUACACCCGAUAAACUGAGGACUCGAAAACCAUCACAAUAUUUGUGCCCUCCUUACACCGAGGUAUUCGUUUUAUUUGUGCCCUCCUUACACCGAGGUAUUCGUUUUAUUUGUAUGGGGAUACAUUUGAAGUCGAUGACAAUUUUGCCACCAGCAACGUACAACUUGAACGAAGGGUAUGUAGUUGUGGUAAAUGGCAAAAAAGCGGUAUACCAUGUGGCCACGCUAUAGCAUGUCUAAGAACCCGUACAUCUGAAUCCAUUCACGGAAUGGUUGAUUACAAGUUCACUAAUUAUGUGUAUCGACUUGCAUAUGGAUCUGAAUUGGUGAAUACUAUACCAUCACAUGUGCAUUGGGAAAUACCAAAUGAAACGGUGGUCCUGUUACCUCCCUCAAUGCAGUAGUUAUUCAUGUAGCACCUUUAUGUUUUAUGUAGUAUUAUGUAUUAGUUUUUUAUGUCCCCUGUUUUUAUUUUAGUGUCGUGUUACGUAUUAGUUAUCCAUGUACCCAGUUUAUAUUUUAUGUCGUAUUAUGUAUUAGUUAUUUAUGUA